AAUGCAUCCAAUUUCGCCAUAUCUAAUUGACUUGUUGACUAUUGUUCUCCUUCUCAUACACGCAGAGGAGUCUUGUCAAAAAUGCGAAUUUCGGAAUAUGUCGAAUCAACGGCCGAGGCGGAGAAUCGGAGCGCACCAGAUGCCACCCCGGAAAAUAAUGCGAACGCAGAGUCUUGCAAUUACGGCACUGCUGCUUUCACCAAGAUUGCGGAGCCGGUGAAGAGUGUUGACUCUGCCAUCUUCAUCAAAACCGAUCACGCCGCCAGCCGGAUGCCUGCUGAGGAGGUGAACGCUACACCGGUGAAGGAUGGCGGCUGUGCUGCUUUUGCCAAAAUCGGGAAGGCGAUCGCCACGCCAGUGAAGAUCUCGCGCUCAUAUUGCUUUGUCACCUUGGCCAAGAUUGGUUACGCUGUUAGGGUUAAAUGUCUGUAUAGGGUCGUGCCUAGGAUGUCAGACGAUGCUGAAACAAUAAUAAGCGUUUAUCCUACCGACUCUCCCCAAAUUGCUGGGCUUCGUGAAUCCGAUGAUGGCGACAAAUUGAUCCAUGGUCAGGAUGUUGGGAUGCCACUGAAAAAUGAGUGCAGGGACUCCUACAAGCUUGGCUUUCUAACCUUCGCCAGAAUUGGUUAUGUUGUCAGGGUCAAAGUUCUCUACAGGAUUGGUCAGUUUAUGGCAGAUCCUCAGACUAAAUCCAGAAUCAUCAUGUACACCAAAAUACUUGCCAAAAAUGCUCGCAACUAUGCAAGACAGAAUAACUACAAAUUCGACCAUGGCGGAGCUGCGAUUUUCAUCAUUAUAUGCGGCACCUUAAUCGAAGUUGUAUCGAAAGAGAUGGCAGAUUCUCCAGAACAACACGUAAGUGGUAGCCAAGAGUUCAUCACAGGAGUAGAGAUGCAUGGCAAGGCUGCGGAACCUGUCCCCAACUGCGGACAUGACUGGUUUUCAGAUGCAUAUAAAGGCCUAAAAGACAUGGUUGGAGCCAUUCCACUGAAUGAAAUUUUGGCCUUUAUGGUGAGAGAAUUUAGGGCCUUUCUGAGGAAAGAACCUUUUCGUUCUCGGAUUUUCAGCAAACAAUUCCUAACAAUGGAAUCUUUGGCCUUCAUGAUGAGAGAGUUUUUUGUGUAUAUGAUGAAACAGCUUUUUGGUGCUCAGUUUUUCAGCCAUAUAGAUGAGAUCAUAGUGGCUGUGAUGAGAGACCUUUUCAAUAUCGAUCUUGUCAAUGAGUCGGGGUUCCAUGGAUCAGCAAUGAAAGGGGGGAAGAAGAAAGGGAUGCAUAAAUAUUAGUAGUAAGUUUGUGUGUGUGAGUGCUUACUCUACUGGGGGUUGAAAGGGGGAAGAAGAAAGGGAUGCAUAAAUAAUUAGUAGUAGUAAGUUUGUGUGUGUGAGUGCUUACUCUACUGGGGGUUUCUGUAGUUAGUGCUUUUAUGCAGACAUGUCAUCUUAAAUGCUUGUGUGUAACAAUAUGGUAACCAUGCUUUUAUAUGAUUUGGUAUCUACUGUUUUAUAUGCCAUUAA